AUGGUGGGUUUUGAGGCUGGAGCUGAGGAUCUAACUUAUGCAGGCGAGCUACUUGAGGAUUCCAAGACAUUAGCUUGUUGUAGCAUCAAGGAGAACUCCCUUUUAGAGAUGUUGCCUUUGACCUUUAAGAUUUUUGUGAAGCACUCUGCUUGCAAAACUCUAGUUCUUAAGGUGUGCAAAGAGGACAGGGUCUUGGAUGUGAAGAAUAAGAUUUCUGAUAAGCAAGGUGUGCCAGUUAGGUUCAUUCGUCUCUUUUUUGGUAGUAGAAAACAACUGGUGGAUGAUCGGAAUCUGCCUUCCUACAAUGUUGAGAAAGAUUCCAUUCUCUGGAUGGAGCUGGAGCAUGACUUGUUUUGUGCAGUGGGCAGAAAUAGCAGAUCAAAUGCAAAUAUAGCCUUUGGAAUGAUCCGUCUCUUAGGUUCAGUUUUCUGUGUGUCUUUGACUCGACGUUAUGUCACCUGGAAAAAAGAAAGUGAUUUUUGGUUACUAUCCAGAAUCAGUCUUACAGAAAGUAGGAAAUCGAUUCCUACACUCUCCCAUCAAAAUCUCGGAUUCCAGUUCAAUCAUCAAUGGAAUAGUGUUUUGGGUGGGUUUGAUUCCAUUCUUGACAAUUUUCUUGGAAGCAGCAUAUAUCAGCCAUUUCUUUACGACGGUUGGGGUAUCCGGUGGGAACUGGGUACUUCCUUUCUUGGGAAACAUAGCUUUUGCAAUACAACUUCUGAUUUUUGCAUAACGGAAGUUGUGUCGGUGUGUUUACCACCACUUCUUAUUUUGGGCCUAAACAUUUUGAUGCUAAAAGAAUUAGCUUUUACAAAUAUGAAUGUGUACUUGAAGGUCAUUAAAACGGUUGCCUUAAAGGUGAAGAGAUCAGAGACCACUAAAAAACUGAAGGCAUUGUUUCAUGAGAAGGAAUGCACUCCAGAAAAUCUUCAGGAGCUCUUUUUCACUGGAUCUCAAGGCAGUAGUUCUGAGUAUGGUCGGGGCUUGAGUGGCAAAACUCUAGUUCUUAAGGUGUGCAAAGAGGACAGGGUCUUGGAUGUCAAGAAAAAGAUUUCUGAUGAGAAAGGCUUUCCAGUUAGAGGCAUUUGUCUUGUGUUGGCUGGAAAACUACUGGAGGAUGAUCGAGAUCUGGCUUCCUACCAUGUUAAGAAAGAUUCUGUUCUCUGUGAGUCUUUGGAAAUGUUUGUCCUUUGUACUUUUCUGGGCCUUGAGCAAGGUCUUGAGUUUCGAGUUUGGAUGCUUACAUGGCCCAUGGGUGCUAAGGAGGUUGUUGUGAUUGUUAUUUUCUUCACCACUUUGCAGUACUCUGGACAACUUUACAAGUGGUCUGGAAUGAACGUAUACGUGAAGGUCAUCAAAACAGUUGCCUUAAAGGUGAAUAGAUCACAGACAACUAAAAAAUUGAAGGCAUUGUUUCAUAAGAAGGAAGGCACUCCGGAAAAUCUUCAGGAGCUGUUUUUCGCCGGUGAGCAGCUCAAGGAUGACCACAAGCUGGUUGACUAUGGUAUUUGGACGAACUCCACUCUCCAUCUUUUUCUCCAAACUAUAGACAGGAUAAAGCUUCUUGUCUACAUACCAUCAAAUGCAAAACAAUUCAAAGUUGAAGCGAAGUCUUGUGAAACUGUUGAGAACAUUAAACUCUUGAUUCAGACAAAAGAGGGCAUCUAUCAAAGCAAUUCACUCUUUUCUACGGUGGAAAGCUGCUGGAAGAAAACAGGACUUUGGCCUCUCUCAAUAUCCAGUCAGAAUCGAUCCUUUAUUUGGCUUUCAACCCAAGAGAUGUGA